CGCCGCCGCAGUAGCUAGGACCUCUAGUAACCGGGAAGGAAGCGGCUCGCGUGAGCUUCUGAGACGUACGGGCCAAGCUGGCUGCUGGUUGGUGCUCCGACCUCGGCAGCGGCAGCAGGUCCCUCCACGUGCUUUCUGCAGCAACAUGGAGCUGGAGGAAUCGGGGAUCCGAGAGGAAUGUGGCGUGUUUGGGUGCAUCGCCUCAGGAGAAUGGCCCACGCAGCUAGAUGUGCCGCAUGUAAUCACUCUGGGACUCGUGGGGCUGCAGCACCGGGGUCAAGAGAGUGCUGGUAUUGUGACCAGUGAUGGGAGUUCAGUGCCAACAUUCAAAACGCACAAGGGAAUGGGUCUUGUAAAUCACGUUUUUACUGGAGACAAUUUGAAGAAAUUAUAUAUUUCAAAUCUUGGAAUUGGACAUACGAGGUACGCCACGACAGGGAAAUGCGAAUUGGAAAAUUGUCAGCCCUUUGUUGUUGAAACGCUUCAUGGGAAAAUAGCAGUGGCACAUAAUGGUGAAUUGGUGAACGCUGCUCGAUUAAGGAAAAAGCUUCUGCGACAUGGUGUUGGUCUGUCGACGAGUUCUGAUAGUGAAAUGAUUACCCAGUUACUAGCAUACACCCCUCCUCAGGAACGGGAUGACACCCCAGACUGGGUAGCAAGGAUUAAAAACUUAAUGAAGGAAGCGCCCACAGCAUACUCCCUGCUUAUAAUGCACAGAGAUGUUAUUUACGCAGUACGAGAUCCUUAUGGAAAUCGGCCCCUAUGCAUUGGUCGUCUGAUUCCGGUGUCUGAUAUAAAGCACAAAGAGAAGAAAACAUCAGAAACAGAAGGAUGGGUGGUGUCUUCAGAAUCCUGUAGCUUUUUAUCUAUUGGUGCGAGGUAUUAUCGUGAAGUCUUGCCUGGAGAAAUUGUGGAAAUAUCCAGACAUAAUGUUCGAACUCUUGAUAUUGUUUCAAGGUCUGAAGGAAACCCAGUUGCUUUUUGUAUCUUUGAAUAUGUUUAUUUUGCAAGACCAGAUAGUAUCUUUGAAGACCAAAUGGUAUAUACAGUAAGGUAUCGUUGUGGCCAGCAGCUGGCGAUCGAAGCUCCUGUGGAUGCCGAUUUGGUUAGCACUGUUCCAGAAUCUGCUACGCCUGCUGCUCUUGGUUUUGCAGGAAAGUGUGGACUUCCAUAUGUGGAGGUGCUGUGCAAAAACCGAUACGUAGGAAGAACCUUCAUUCAGCCAAACAUGAGAUUGAGACAACUCGGUGUUGCCAAAAAAUUUGGAGUAUUGUCGGACAACUUUAAAGGCAAAAGAAUCGUUCUCGUAGAUGAUUCGAUCGUGAGGGGCAAUACCAUCUCACCUAUAAUAAAACUGCUCAAAGAAUCUGGUGCAAAAGAGGUACACAUUCGAGUCGCCUCACCACCGAUUCGGUAUCCCUGCUUCAUGGGAAUAAACAUUCCCACAAAAGAAGAGCUUAUUGCUAAUAAGCCAGAAUUUGAUCACCUUGCAGAAUAUCUAGGAGCAAACAGUGUCGUGUAUCUGUCAGUAGAAGGACUGGUUUCAUCUGUACAGGAAGGGAUAAAAUUUACAAAACAGAAAGUGGAAAAGCAAGAUACUGUGAUUCAAGAAAAUGGGAAUGGCGUGGAAUGUUUUGAAAAGAACGGUCAUUGUACAGCUUGUCUCACUGGAAAAUACCCUGUCGAGUUAGAAUGGUAGCUGGCAGGGGCAGAUAGGUCAUUUCAAGAUACAAAAUUGGUCAAGCAGUUGCAGUGGUUCUGCCUUUUGUUACUUUGUUGGUACAAUAUAAAAUGCCGAUGCUUAUGUUUUACCUUUAUAUUUUUUAAGAUUUUUUU